GACUAUAAAGUGAUUAUUAAACGUAGUGGUUAUAUUCUCUUUGGUGAUUAUAAUUAAUUAAUAAUAUUCUCCAAUUUAUUUAUCUAUGAUAUUCUCUUAAUCUCUUUGAACAUGUUUUGAAAACUCCGGUUUUUGAAGAAAACGAGAAUUCUAAAUUCUAAUUCAAUUCAAAGAGAAUAUAAUCACUACGUUUAAUUCAAUUAAUCAUUAGCAAUCAAUAAAGCUCGGGUUCGGGUCGCCUGAGUAUUUCUAGCAGUGUCUACUGUCUAGUUUGUGAGAAAAAGUUGGAAAAAGCUAUAGAAAACAGAAAUGGCGUUUAGCGAAAUUUGUAGAAUCUGUUUAAGCGUUAAUGUACGCAUGUUUGUUCUAAAGAAGACUGGCCUCCAAAAUUUAUAUAAUACAUUGGCGAACAGAUUUAUGGUUGAGGAUGAGGGGCCCAUUAUUGUCUGUUUCACGUGUCAUGCAAGACUCAUUCGUUGCAGAAGAUUACAACAACAGGCUAUUGAGUCAAAUGCAGUUCUGGAGCAGUUGCUUGCAGGAAGGUCCAUGUAGCCGAAGCAACUGCAUUUGUGUCAUCAGCAAACAGGACUGGUUUAGUUAUCUCAAUAGAAUUACCGACAAAUUGAUGCAAAAAGUCAUUUAAAAAAAAUUAUAAAUAAGAUAGGUCCCAAAACAGAGCCCUGAGUUACGCCAACUUGAACCUUUGCAAGUCUCGACUUUGUUACAAUUUCAGUCAUACUGUUAUAUACAGUUUUCAUCUCUACCAAUAUAUUUCUAUUUUACAAUACCAAAACCGCAUGAGGCUAGAGAUGAGAUUCAAUUCACAUCAAUUUGUCACAUAGAUAUCAGGCCUGUAGAGUGUGAUAUAGAAAAUGAUUGUAAGGACGAAAUUUUUAGCCUUGAAUCUGUUAAAGUUGAGGAAGAGAAUUUCGAAAUUGAGAAUCCCAAAUUUGAAGAAAAUGGGAAUUAUGAAACAGAACAAUACAUCACUUCGACUAAUAAUUUUUCAGAACUGUCUGAGAAAAAUAUUAAAUCAAAUUCUACUGAUUGUAACAUUAACGAUUUUCGUGAAGAAAAUUCCGAUUUGGAAGGCCCUACUAUUAAAUCAAACCCUAAAGUGAACAAAGAUAAUCAAGCAAUUAAUAAAAAAGGAAAGCAUUCUACAAAGGCUAUGAAAAAGAAAAUUUUGAAACAACAGAGUGUAAAUAUACUUGCGAAAAAAACAUCCGGGGCAUCAACAAAAUUAAUUUUUGAAUGUGAUGUUUGUAGCAAAAUAUUUUCAACAAAGAACAUUCUCGCCAAACACAUACACAGUCACAAGACGCAAAAGAACUCUGAUACCACUGCAGUUCGGACACAAGUUGAACAACCCACACUACCACAACUAACGGAAAUGUUUUAUUGUGACAUUUGCGAAUUUAAAACAUCUCAAAAACGUCGCAUUUUGACACAUUUUAAAGUUCACAUCGCUAAAAAAAUGUACUGUUGUAAUAAUUGUGGUUAUAAAUGUAUUACAAAAAGUGAUUUCCAAAGGCAUAUGAAAAUACAUACUGGAGAAAAACCUUUUUCGUGUAAUAUCUGUGAAUAUAGAUGUAUUACAAAAAGUUGUUUGCAAAAUCAUAUGAAAAUACAUACCGGAGAAAAACCUUUUUCGUGUAAUAUGUGUGAAUAUCGAUGUAUUACAAAAAUGGGUUUGCAAAUACAUAUGAAAAUACAUACCGGAGAAAAACCUUAUUCGUGUAAUAUCUGUGAAUACAAAUGCAUACGAAAACCUACGUUAAGAAAUCAUAUGAAAAUACACACUGGAGAAAAACCUUUUUCGUGUAAUAUCUGUGAAUAUACAAGUAUUACAAAAAUUCAUUUGAAAACACAUAUGAAAAUACAUACCAGAGAAAAACCUUAUUCGUGUCAUAUCUGUGGAUAUAGAUGUAUUACAAAAGGUAAUUUGCAAGGGCAUAUAAAAACACACACCGGAGAAAAACCUUUUUCGUGUAAUAACUGUGAAUAUAGAUGUAUUUUAAAAAGUCAUUUGCAAAGGCAUAUGAAAAUACACACCGGAGCAAAACCUUUUUCGUGAGCUAGCUGGUAAAAUAUGUACAAUAUUAUGUAAACGUAUUUUAUACAUAACGUAAAAGUGUAAAAGAUAAAAAUCUAUUUUUUGUGAAACUGUUAUGUUACUAUAGAACGAGUAGAAAAACCUUUAAAACUGCAUUUAUUCUGAAGAUGCUAAUUCAAAAACUAAAAUAAAUAGAACAUUAAUAAAAUAUAUACUGAAUGGGAGUGUACGCUGUUGACCCUGCGGCCUUGACAGCUUCAUCGAAUUAAGCUCGUAAGCGAGGACCUACGAGCUAUUGAGUGCAACGAUUAUCGGAAUAUCGGGACUGCAGACGGCGAGGCUUCAUAAUGGCUUCAAUAUUAGUAUCUAUUUAUCAACCAAAAAAUAUUCAUAGCAUAACGCUAUUUUCCCCAAGGGGUUGCGCGGAGCUUCGGAUUAUAUUCCCAAGUCACAAUGAUAAAACUUUUAGCGUAGCUAGAUAUAAUAUAUUUAGUAAUGCUCUUGAAGCGCCACUAGACUCUCGCGCAUGAGACGCGCGGUUAAAUGUGCUAGGAUACUAUCAAUUCAAUAGUAUUUGAUACUCACAACGCUCGGUGCCCGAUUCAUGCUUGAUGGCCGACGACAUUGUGCCGUGCGCUUAAAUAGCGUGGUUCAUAGCCUACAGCGUUAGUCGUAGAGAAGAGGAGCUCGUAGUUAAGUAACAGCUGCGCGGAUCAAUAGAUCUGCGAGAUUAAGUUGCACUUGCUGCUGUCAGUCCAUGAAUGAGUGACCAUUUUCUUAACAUACUUAGAUUGAGAGAAUAGAGAAUGCAUCUGUAUCCUCAGACACUUGGUGCACUUUACUCUGUUAAGAUCAUUAUGUUUUUAAAAAUCAUGCAGCUAAAAUGAUUAAGUUUAUACUUUUCAGUGACAGAUAAAAGAAUAUAAACAUGAAGCAUGAUGAAGCCUCAUAAACAUAUUGGCAUUUAAACAAAGCAAUCUAAUUUAACUGAUUCCUACAUGUUUCCUUACUUAAAUUAUUAAGUUUACAGUCUUAAUUAAGUCGAAUGUUAAAAUUAACUUCUAUAAUGUAUUUAAUUAUUAAGUUUGUAACUAUCAAAAGUAAUACUUAUAUGAAAAAUAAAGCAGCCAUUAUGUACUUCGUG